AUGCCAUCUGCGAUUGUCACUGGUGCCACCGGUAUCACGGGGAGUGCCAUCGUACAUCACCUAUGCAAGGAUCCAGAGUAUGGAAAAGUUUUUUCUCUCUCCCGCAGUAAUCCCGGCUACAGAAAUCCAAAAGUCCAACAUGCUAUGCUGGAUCUCCAGGCGUCAGCUGAAGAGAUGGCGGAGAAUCUCAAAGACAUCUCCGCUGAUUAUGUCUACUUCUGCGCUUACCUAGCACGCGAUGAUCCGGCUGAAUUGUCACGCGUGAAUGGGCUGAUGCUAUCCAAUUUUCUUCGAGCUAUAGAAAUCACAGGUGCUACCAAGGCACUGAAACGUUUCAUUCUAACAUGUGGCUUCAAACACUACGGUGUCCAUCUGGGCCAUUGCAAACAGCCACUUGUUGAAGACGACCCCCUUCUUGCGAAAGAUCAGGGUGGUAUUUCCUGGCCUCCCAUCUUCUACUAUGAACAAGAACGGAUCCUCAAGGAUGCCGCCACACGCGGCAAUUGGGAAUGGGUUGUCACCCUCCCCGAGGAUGUCUUGGGCUACGCCCGCGGUAAUUUUAUGAAUGAGGCCACUGCGCUGGGUCUAUAUUGUGCCGUCAGCAAAGCUCUCCCGGGAUCUGAGCUGCCCUUCCCAGGCUGUAAGGCAAACUACUUUGCUUUCAACUGUUGGACCUCAGCCAACCUCCACGCCCGGUUCUGUCUCUGGGCCGCGACCGCCCCAGGUGCAGGGAACAACAUCUUUAACGUGAUGAACGGGGAUACAGAGUCAUUUCAAAGCCUCUGGCCACGGCUCGCUAAGCGCUUUGGCUGUAAGAUCCCCAACCCGAUGUUCCCGCAUGGGGGUACUCCCGACACCCAAGGUUAUGGGAAAUAUGAGGCGACCACAGUGAGGUUUCAGAACCGGCAUCCUCUUGCCGCCCACACGCAUGAGCUCGGGGUAUCGGCCGAUGACAAUCCUACAUUAUUCUUGCAGGUCGACCCGGAAAAAUGGGCAAAGCGGAAAGAUGUGAAUGACGCUUGGGCCAAACUGCGCGACAGGUACAAUCUUGACCAAAAAGCGUGGGAAAAAGCCACAUGGGACUUUUUAACAUUUGUCCUGGGAAGGGAUUGGAGCUGCGUUGGGACGAUGAGCAAGGCGCGACGGUUGGGAUGGACGGGAUACGCCGAUACUUGGGGCGAACUGGAGGAGACUUUUGAGACUCUUGAGAGAGAGGGCGUUUUGCCACCAGUGGAAAAGCUCAAGAGGGAUUUUUAA